CGACCGGACCGUGGCGCAAUCAAACAUCACCUAAACAAAAGAAGGCAUUCAAUAGUGAACGAGCCGUGUAUGAAGCCAUGGACGGCGGCGUGCUCGCCAUCUUGGUGAACGUCAGCUUCGUGGCCGUGCUGGCCAUCGCAUUCUUCAUGAUGCGGCGCAAGCUCAUUCGAGUGCACACGCGGCGGCUUCGCGAGCUGGCGGCGCCACUGCUCGGCAAUUCCUUAACUACGAAUGAUCACCGCCUUGACACGGCCACGCGAGAGGCCGAGAAGGGCUUCGAAGUGUGCGCUGUGUGCGAGUUCGAGAACUUCAAGGACGCGCUCUUCUGUUCACUCUGCGGGGAACGCAUGGGGACGCCUGAGGAGUCUGAUAACAGCAGUAAUAACAGGAGAAAGCGCCGUCGGAAAGAAAAGAAAGAACGCAGGACUAAAGAGAGAGCAGCCGUGCUGCCACGCCAUUUGACGGAGCGCCAGCUUCGUGCCAGGAAGCGCAAGGAAUGGACGCGGAAAUUGGACGUUGAGGGCAACAUGUUCUGGUUCCGCGUGAAGGAAGGCAGUGGACCUAUGGUGCCAGGACGCGUGGGUAAAGUGAUCCGGUUCGUGAAGCCCAACGAGAACCCGAAGAUGCCUGGACAGGUGAACGGACCUGUCGCGAUACAGAGCGAGGUGGCCGUCGUGGAGCCGGCUAAAGUCAAGGUGUUUAAUGAAGUGGCUGACAUGGAUAUCAUCCCAGCCACGAAAUGGGACGCUGCGGCCCGUGCUACCGGCGAGUUGCUGGAGGAUGACACACAGACAGGAGUCGAACGUCGUCGCGAGACACUCGAACUGGCGGCGAAGGAUUUUCCGUCGAAAUACGCCUAUUUUGUCAAAACCACGGCGUCGUUGCUAGUCCCACCUGAAGUCGAGUUCCUUAAGCUGUCGCUUCACAGAGACUACAUGUUUGAGGAGUCGAUGGAGCAUCUAGGAUGCAUAGACGAGAAGUAUAUUCGCUCGGCGAUGCGUAUCAAUUUCCUCGAGGAAAACGGAGUGGACGCUGGUGGACUACAUCGCGAGUGGUUCAUGAUGCUUACGGAGCUGCUGAUCGACCCGAAAACGGGGCUGUUUAAAGCUACGAACGGGGAGGACCGCGCCUUUUUCCUGAACUCAAACUCCCGCUACGACAAUGGAGAGGAACAUCUUAUUUACUUUUACGGAGCGGGAAGGCUGCUGGGGCGGGCGCUGCUGGAGGGAACAGUGCUCAACUUCCACCUGUGCGUCCCGCUUCUCAAGCUCAUCUUGGGUACGCCGCUGUGCAUGGACGAUGUAAAAUAUUUUGACCCAGAAGUCUACAAGAGCAUGACGUGGAUACUAGAGAAUGAAGGCGUGGAAGCGCUGGACCUGGACUUCAGCGUGAUGGAACGCGUGGGUGAUCGCGCCAUGACAGUCGAUCUCAUACCUAACGGACGCAACAUCGAGGUGACCGACGCUAACAAGCACGAGUACUUGGAAAGGAAGUUCGAGCAUCUGCUGCUACGCAGUGUAGCCGACCAGCUCUACGUAUUUCUCAAGGGUGUGUACGAGGUUAUACCACAGCAUUUGUUGAUGCUGUUCGACUACGAAGAGCUGGACUACCUCAUGUGUGGUUCGCCAGAGAUUGAUGUGGACGACUGGGAGAAGAACACGUCGGUGGCUGAGAGUGUGGCACGAUCACCAACUCUCGCCUGGUUCUGGGAAAUCGUAAGGGAGAUGCCCAAUGAGUAUCGACGACGUUUGCUGCAGUUCACCACCGGCUGCUCUCGUGUACCGCUCGUGGGCUUUAAGGGACUGACAAGCUACGAUGGCAAAGUGUGUCUAUUUACGAUCCGCGGAAUCGUGGGUGCACCCGACGAGUUCGUGCGCAGCUACGCAUGCUUUAAUCGACUGGACUUGCCGCUGGGCAUCUCACGCUCUGAGCUCAAGCGUAUGCUAUAUGCUGUGCUGGACACGGAACAGUAUGGCUUCACGACGGACUGAUUGCAAAGCGCUGGCGCAAGGUGAGAUACUGACAAGCGAUCCAGACACGAACUUUACUACUUUGGUUGAAGUGUACCAUUUUUUUUUAUUCUGAGCCGCAUAAUCAUGUUUCCUUGAAGGGGGUGUUGACUUUUUGAAGUAAGGAAAACAUCUUCAACUUUGCAUGCUCCAGUAUGUAAGCAAUCAUUCUUAGUCGUCGUGACCCUCGUCCUGAUUCAAAACAAAUGAGAAACGACACCCUCUAAAAUCAAUCGAUCCGUUUGUCAGGAA